AUGUCGACGUAUGCAUCUGACCUUCGCNUGUUUGCUCUGAUGAUCAUCUUCACCAGAUUUCAGUAUAAGAUGGCGACAGAAGACUCGACAUCAAGGCCUGUCAUCACGGCCACAAAUCAUUCGGCGUUCAUCUUUAUCGCAACAGCACUGUGUCUUGUUUGCAUACUGCUCUUCCUGAGUGCUCGACUCGUCGUUCGAUAUCCAUGGAAGCGAUCUCUGGGAUCUGACGAUUGGACUACGCUUUCAGCUUCGGGCNAGCUUCUCUAUGUUAGCGAUCUCCUUUACAUUCCAACUAUAUUUGUUGCACAGCUCGCAGUCAGCCUCUUCUUCUUGCGGUUAUCUGGUCCCGAACGAAGUUUCUUCCAUCAGCUUGCUCGCUUUAUUGCAGGGGCGACAGUGGUUUUCGCGUUCACAUGUUUUCUCAUGAUUACCAUUCGGGUAGAAAACGGCGUACAUGUGUGGGCAAUCGUGGUGGUCGGCCACAAAUCGAUACUUCAUCGAUGGAUCGCAACGGGUGCGUUGAGUGUUCUGAUCGAGGUUCUCCUGAUCAUUUGUCCGGCAUGGCUUCUGUGGACUCUGCACAUGCCUCUGAAGAAGAAAUUGGGCUGUGCUGUUUAUUUUAGCCUCCGAUUCCCAGGAACGGACCGCACACUCGACAUGACGGUACCGGUGGUUUUGACACAACUCGAGAUGCACUUCACCGUUCUGGCUGCUACUAUUCCGAUCCUUCGAAACCCUCUUACCAAGCUCAACUCCGGAUAUCUCAACACAACGUUAGAGCAGAUGGAUCCAGCAGCAAGUGCAGCUUAUGCAUCAUCCAGAUCAGGUAGCAGUGGCAAAAGCCCGUCUUUUGCCCUGUCGCAUGUGACGGGUAGCGGGCGGCGCAAUGAUCCGGUGGUUGAACAGAGAGAAGGAGAGGGCAUCGAGACCAUCGCCGAAGCAGGCUCUGACACGAUUGAGGAGGGUCAAAGUGUGUUGUCAGAGGGCUCUGACCAAAUUAUGAUCAAGCGGACAGUCAUGAUAGACUACGCAUGA